AUCCUUUGCUCCUUUUGAUGAACCAUUGAUAGAGGAUAACGAUGUGCUCAAUUUCACUAUAAAUGGGCAUGAUGGAGAUGAGCCUGAAGGUGAAGGUGGAGAUGAGCCUGAAGGUGGAGAUGACAAAGGUGGAACCAAGAGCACUACAUCGUCAGGGUACUGUGGAAGUGGUUACAUCUCUACUGUGGAAGUGGUUACCCCAGAAGAAGCAAUACGGAUGGAGAAGUGCAUUGUGUUUACAGACACUCUUAUGUCAUUAAUAACAUCUCUACAUGGGAGUCAUUGUAAACGACAAGGUUGUGGUCGUCUAUUGGAGUAUACCAAAACCUAUGUGGGAACCUGCCUUGUUGUAUCAUGGGGGUGUCAGUCUGGCCAUGUGGGUGGGAGAUGGGCAGCUCAACCAUCUUGCGACAAAAUUAGAGCAGGAAAUUUAAUGCUUGCAUCUGCUUUGUUGUUGUCAGGAAACUCGUAUGCCAAAGUGGGGUUGAUGUUCAACUUCUGUAAUCUGCAGUAUUUUUCAUCUACACUGUUUAAUCAGUAUCAGCAGUUGUACAUCAUCCCCACAAUAAACGAGUUCUGGGAACAACAUAAGCAACAAGUUUGGAAUGAAAAGGCUGGUAAAGAUGUCAUUUUGAGUGGUGAUGGAAGAAAUGACUCGCCUGGCCACUCGGCACAAUAUUGUACAUACAGCCUGGCAGAUAUGCAAGAUAAUACCAUUAUCCAAAUGAAUGUUGUGGAUGUGAGGGAAGCAGCUGGAAAGAGCAACAAUAUGGAGAGAAUUGGUUUUGAAAGAGGGAUGGAUAUGCUGCUUACAUCACCAAUAGUUGUGAAGGAGGUGGUUACUGAUGGUCACCUUGAAAUUGCAGCAUUGAUGAGUAAGUGUCAAAUGAUAUCCAACAUCAGUUUGUUUCCAAAAUGCUUUAUAAUAAUACUCUGUUCACAUCCUUUUAAGUUAUAAUUAAAAUACUUUUUUAAAUAGUGCUAAUUAUGCAAUAUAGUAAUUAAAACCACUGCCUAAUUAUCACUCUAAUCUUUUUUAUCCAUUUCCUUUCUUCUUUGUCUAUCCUUUUUCUAUGUACAUUAUUUUAAUGUACGGUAAUCAUUAAUUGCAUGUACUUUUACCAUAAAAUCUUGAGUAUGGUACUGAGGUAGGUACUAAUUUUAUGGUUCUGAGUGUCUGAGUACUGUAGGUAGUACUAGGUACUAAUUCUAUGACUGACAGCAUGGAUUAAUUAUGAUUUCCUAUAAUAUAGAACGGGAAGAAAAAUAUGAAAAUGUUGUGCAUCAGAAUGAUGUUUGGCAUGGAGGAAAAAGUAUUACCAAGAAAAUCAAUGCUGUAAGUAUUGGAUCAAUACACCCUACUAAUAUUCCUUCUUUUGCUUCUCUUAUACCAGACAAUUGUAAUUUUUUUAACAGGGAGAGUUUGAGGGCUGUAGUAAUAGGUUACCGUACCCAAACAGAAUGCUAAUGUCUCUUGUUAUUCAAUUAAUUAAGCUACUAUUGGUUGUGUCGCAAUCAGCUACAGUAUAUGUGCUGUUUAAUAUUAUUAUUGUGUUGAAAUAACUUGCUUUGUUAUUAGGCAGCAAAAGCAAAAGGCAAUGAAGAUCUGUUACUUUGGGCACCAUCUAUCAGAAAUCAUUUCUGGCACUGUUCCAAAAACUGUGAUAAUGAUAGGAAAAAUCUCAAGGCAAGAUUGGCUAUAAAAUUAACAUAAAUUACUAAUUUUUGCAGUAAUUAAAGUGGACGUGAAUUUUUAAGGUCAAUACAGUAUGUACUAACUUAAAUAUUGCAAAGAAUAUUUUGUGGAAGAAGUUGAUCAAAUAUGUUACUGUACAUGCCAGUUCUCGUCUUAAAUUAAUUAAAGAACUUGAUAUGUAAUCACUUGAUAUGCAUUUGCUUAAAAUAUUCAUAAUAAAAUGCUUUUCAUGCUUCUCUGAGGAUUAUCUUGUGCAGUACAUCAAUAUGUGUUUAUAGUGCAACAAUAUUGUGAGUACAUACAGUAUCACAAUCAUUAAUGACAGCUACACAUGUGUGGUCACUGCAAUGCACAUACUGUACUGCAUGGUAUAUAAUCAGGUUGUUACUGUUUAAUUAUAGGAUAAAUGGGUAGGAAUUUUGCACCAUGUAGUUGAUGAACAUGAAUGGGUGUUGGAGGAAGGCAUUAAUGAUGGGAAAUGUGGUCAUGACACACUGAAUGAAGAAGAUAGAAACAAGCCAUGGUUGAAGAAAGAAUCCCCUCCACACAAAGCGCUUACCAAGAUUGUUCUGGAUACUCGUUUCCUGAACACACUUGGAUACUACACUAACUUCAGGUGCUGAUGUUGGCUUGGCUAGGUUGGACAUUUUAUGGUAUAACAUCCAUCAGUCUAUCAUCUAAUUAUUUUUCUAUUUUCUAAAUUCUGUAGACAUACUGGCUUUCUUGAGUCAUUUCAUAAUCAUAUUCUGAUGUAUGCACCCAAGCGUCAUGCCUACUCGUAAGUAUGAUCAUUUGUGCAGAUAACAUUACGUUUUAACUACAGUACUAUAUAAGUAGCCCCUCCUUCCCCUUCAGCUAAACAUUUGGCAGAUGUUAAAUGCUUAAUGGACAUACUGUACACACAUAAAAUCUCACAACUUGUCGAUAAGAUGUGUUCGCUAUAGACAUGUAGCAAACUUACCAAAACAGGUAUAACGUACCAAUGCUGUUUAUGUUAUCACGUUGCCACAAGGUUGUAACUAACAACUUGUUAGCAGGUUAUUGAAUUGAAGAACUAUCAUGGCAAGUUGUUACAACUUUGUAAAAAGUCUGCAUAGUCAACAAGCUGUUGACAACGUGUCAACAAGCUGGGAACAAGCACUGCAAAAACAUCCUUGUUGUUGAAACAGCAUUGCUACAAGUCUGUUCCAUGUUUGUUACAAGUUAUGCAAUUGUGUACAGUAUGUUUGAAAUACAUACAGUAGGAAGAGUGUGCUUGUGCUCAUGAAGAUCUUUUAUCCACAGAUUUCCUGUGUACCGUGCCAGAAAUCAACUUGCUGCAUUAGAUUUCAACCAUCACAAAGGUAGAGCAGCAGCAACCACAGCUGAUGGUCAACCAAGGUAA